UAUGGAAAAAAACAAACAUAACCUUUAUUUAAUAUUUUUAUUAAUUUUAAUAUUUUUCUUUAUUUUAAUUGUAAAUAGAUAAUAUACAAAAUGGCUAUUUUAAGUAAUAUACAACAAAGAUUUUACCUAGUAUUUUUAAGAAAUGAGUUUAAUAAAGCUGCAGUGCACCGAAACUAUUCAAAAAAAUUCGAGGACAUCCCAGGCCCUUAUUCCUUACCGGCAGUAGGAACUUUAUAUCAAUAUUUACCAGCAAUAGGCAACUAUAAAUUCACCACCCUGCACCACAAUGGUUUCAAGAAAUAUAAAAAAUACGGCGAAGUUGUCAGGGAAGAAAUUGUACCUGGGGUGAAUGUGGUAUGGCUAUUCAAUCCCAGAGACAUUGAAACAAUGUUCAGAAAUGAGGGCAAGUACCCACAAAGAAGGAGCCAUUUGGCAUUAGAGAAGUACCGAUUGGACAGACCUAAUGUCUACAAUUCUGGAGGCUUACUGCCAACAAAUGGGGAAGAAUGGUCGAGAAUUCGUACUGUGCUACAAAAAGGUCUCAGCAGUCCACAAUCUGUACUUAAUUUUUUACAAAAGGUUGAUGAAAUUGUUCUGGAAUGGUUGUCAAAUCUCCAUGAAGUCUGUAAUGAGCACAAAGAUAUGCUACCCGAAUUAUCUAGGCUAUAUUUAGAAAUAAUUGUAAUGGCUGUUUUGGAUAUCAGGUUAAACAGUUUUUCAAGACGAGAAAGAAAAUAUUAUUCAAGGUCCAGUAAACUAAUACAAGCAGCAUUGGUAACUAACAGCUGCAUUUUAAAAACUGACAAUGGACCUCAACUAUGGAAAAAAUUUGACACACCACUGUACAGGAAAUUAAAGAAAUCUCAGGAAUACAUGGAAGAUGUAGCAAUAGAUUUAUUAUCCCUUCAAAUGUCCCUUUUUCAUGAAAAAGAACGUAAUACACCUGCAACCCUGUUAGAAAGUUAUUUAGCUGCUCCAGAAUUAGAUUUUAAAGAUAUUAUUGGAAUGGCCUGUGAUUUUAUUUUAGCUGGAAUUGACACUACAACCUACACUACCAGUUUUAUGCUCUAUCACUUGGCGAAAGCUCAGGGCGUACAAUCAAACUUAUUUAGAGAAGUCCGUCGACUUUUACCAAACACCUAUAGCAAAGUUACUAAAGAAGUUCUACAAGAGGCUGUUUAUGCCAAGGCAGUAUUAAAGGAAACUCUUAGAUUAAGACCCAUUUCCGUUGGUACUGGAAGGGUACUACAAAACGACGCCGAGUUCAGCGGUUAUAUGGUGCCAAAAGAGACGGUGGUUGUAAGCCAAAACCAAGUGAUUUGUCGUUUACCGGAAUAUUUUCCCUCUCCUACCGAAUUCAAACCUGAGAGAUGGCUGAAGGACCAUCCAUUGUACAAAAAGCCGGAUCCAUUUCUGGUUCUACCGUUCGGACACGGGCCCAGAUCCUGUAUAGCUAGAAGACUAGCUGAGCAAAAUAUGCUGGUGCUACUGUUAAAAAUGAUCCGCAACUACCACAUUCAAUGGACUGGUAACUUUCUGGACUCUCAAUCAUUGCUCAUUAAUAAACCUGAUGGACCAAUACUUCUAAAACUAAAUAGAAGAAAUGAUUAAAUUUCUAUGUAUAAUGGGCAAUAUACUGUAAACUGCAUAAUAAACGACAGUGGUAGUAAGCCAAAAGCAAAAGAUUUGUAGC